GCAGUGCACGCACUACUGCAGUUGCCGUGACGUUCAUAACAGAGGCAAGUCCGAACAAAUAUCUCCCUAUACGUGCAAUAAUAAUAAGACACGGCAGCCUUAUAAAGAAGUCGAUUUAACGUAUUUAGCCAGCUUAGAGGAUCCUUUCACGUCUGGAAACGAAAAUGAAAAUGCUAUGUGGAUUAUUUUCGCAGUAGCUUAUCCAGUAGAUGAUUAUUUAUUAUCGCUUCUACCUGUCAAAGCGAAAUCCUUCAGUGGACUGAUGAUAAAAAUGAUGCAUGCCGAGGAUGAACUGACCAAAGCAGCCGCGACUGGAAAUACUUCCCGUGUUCAGUUUUUACUGUCUAACGGAGUCGAUGCGAACGGCGUUAACAAAUUCGGGAGAACACCUAUACAGAUUGCACGUGUUUUGAGCCCGCAGGUGGUGAUGAUGGGAAACACACCUCUGGCUCACCUGCUGCUGGAACACGGAGCAGAUCCUAAUGUUCCUGACCCCAGAACAGGAAGCACUCCUUUGCACGACGCGGCCAGAACCGGCUUCACCGACACCGUGCGGCUCUUCGUUCGCUUUAACGCCGACCCCAACGCGACAGAUCACUUCAAUUUACGACCCGUGGAUGUGGCACGGCAGACUGGCCACAUGGACGUGGUCGAAUUUCUCACUAGUAUUUAAACGCUAAUGUGUGUUUUUUUUUUUUUUAGUAACUACAUAUUUAUCACAUAGCUUAAUGUGACAGGAAUAAAACUGUAAAAAGUCAAGAAAUGAGCGCCGCUGUGAUGCACUUUCAUAUUUGUAGGCUAAUGAUCAUUUAAAGUAGCCUAUUGUUUGUGGGUUUUUAUGCUGUUUGAGUAUUAAACAUUUUAAUUAUUUUC